GCGCUGCGACCGUGAGCGUGCGCCGUCGGGGUGCGCAGGUCUCAGGAUGACUCGAACCAUGGAACCGCUGGCAAGGAAGAUCUUUAAAGGAGUUUUAGUAGCUGAACUUGUGGGUGUUUUUGGAGCUUAUUUUUUGUUUAAAAAGAUGAACUCGAGCCAAGAUUUCAGGCAAACAAUGAGCAAGACAUUCCCCUUCAUCUUGGAAGUUUAUUACAAAUCCAUUGAACAGUCUGGAAUGUAUGGAGUGAGAGAGAAAGAUCAAGAAAAGUGGUUGGAUAGCAAGAAUUAAGGAUUUGGUUGCUGUUCAGGAUUUAUCUUCAGAAGAAACCAACAGUAUCGCUCAGGAUUAAAAUUCCACAGGUGACACCGAUGGAGUUCGUAAUAUGUGAAGCAAACUAUACAUUAUAAUUCAGGUCUUACUCUUUGGACUUGAAAGACUGACAAUAUGUUUAUUGCACUAUCAAUAAAUGUUUGUGUAUGCUACUGAAAAUAAAAUAUCUAAUAAAACUCACCUAUAGUUUAAUCUAUAAACCUUUC